AAUUCGAGACGUUUCCGAACAGAAACGUGGUGUGGCAACAAAGUGCGCUGCUUUUAACGUCAGUGAGAAACGUUUACAGUGAUUUAUUCAGUAUUUUGUGAUAAAUUUUCGACGAAACUCGUAGAAAAUGUCGAAUAACGAGGAGAAAUUCGAUGGAAUGUUGUUGGCUAUGGCGCAGCAACACGAAGGCGGUGUGCAGGAGCUCCUUGACACAAUCUUCAGUUUUCUCGCGAGAAAAACUGAUUUCUAUACCGGAGGAGGUGAUGGAGCUGCAGAAAAGCUUGUCACCAGCAAGUUUAAAAAGCAUGAAGCUACAGCACUUGCCAAGGCUGCCAGUGAGAAAGCAGAACGUGCCGAACAAGAAAGACGCCGCAAAGAAAGAUUAGAAAAAAAGAAAAGAGAAGAAAGGGCAGAAGAAGAAAAACUUAAUUCAGAAUCUAAGAUCGUUGAAUUAACAGAUGAACAGGCUGCUAAGUUACAAGAAGAAAUAGAUAAUAAGAAAUUGGAGAAAGAGGCAUCUGCAGUUCCUGGGCCCAGCAGUGAUAAAGCUGCUGAUGAAAUUGAUAAGAAAGAGGAGAACAUGGAGGAUGAAGAGGAGGACGAGAAAGAAAAGAACAAACUCAGGCCUAAUAGUGGAAAUGGUGCAGACUUACCAAACUACAGAUGGACCCAGACACUUCAAGAUCUGGAGAUCAAAAUCCCAUUGAAAGUGAACUUCUCCGUCAGGCCUAAGGACAUUUCAAUAACGAUCACGAAGAAACACUUGACCUGCGGUAUAAAGGGUCAACCACCUAUCAUCGACGGUGAUUUCCCGCACGAGGUCAAGGUCGAGGAAUCCACCUGGGUGAUCGAAGAUGGAAAAAUGUUGCUGCUGAAUUUGGAGAAGGUGAACAAAAUGCGAUGGUGGGCACACGUGGUGACAACCGAUCCAGAGAUUAGCACGAAGAAAGUGAAUCCCGAACCCAGCAAGCUGUCCGAUCUUGACGGUGAAACCAGAGGUCUGGUAGAGAAGAUGAUGUACGAUCAAAGACAGAAGGAAUUAGGUUUGCCAACAUCCGACGAACAGAAGAAACAGGACGUGAUAAAAAAGUUCAUGGAGCAGCAUCCUGAGAUGGACUUCUCGAAAUGCAAAUUCAACUGAAUUGUUCCAAUUCGAUGAUCGAUCGUUGGUCAAAAGUUUCGUUAAACGACAAAGGAAAUUAUAUUAUCAACUACGUUGAAGGAAUCCAACGAAACUCUUAUGAUAUCAUCUCGUUAAUUAUCUCGACUUUAUCUGCACCUAUCUCUGAUACUCGUUCGCUACCAGGUUCGAAGAAAUCACCGUUCGACGAGAGGUGGCGCCACGUUCCACGGGAAAAGACCUCUUUCUCGUUCGUUCGCUUCUUUAUCGUCUGUUAUCGCUCCGCUUUUUAUUUGUCACGAGUUUCGAUAAACAGGAGCAGUGUCGUGUUGCACAAAAGUGUUUCAUGAUUUUUUCACAUUACGUUUCGUAUUAUUGGAUAAUAAAGAGUUUAGAGAAAAA